AUGGCGCCAAAGCAGCCUGUCGCUGGUCCAUCAAGGAUCAAGGCAUCAUCUUCUCAAUCGCCUCCCCCUCCUCCUGCUGUUUCCGCUUUCAACGCCUCGGGCUCAUUCUACGCCUGUGCUCAGCCUGUUCUCGGCUCCGCCGACAAGGUGUCUGUCUGGGACAUCAACACGGACCGUGUCAUUGCGGAAUUAGAGCUCGACGCGUCAAAGGCCACGUCCUUGACCUGGUCUUCCGUCUCCGGCUCUGGACCGAGCAAGAAGAAGAGGAGAAAGUCCGAAACAACCAAUGGCUCCGAGGAAGCCUUAAUUAUCAGCACUAGCUUGGGAUCCGUCGUAGCGUUCUCUCCGAAACGAAGCGAACGUAUACGGCAGAUUGAAGUCGGUCAGGUCACGGCUGCCACGAGCUCGUCCCAAGGCAGCCUCUUCGCGACUGCCAAGGAGCUCGUAUUCGUAGACAUCAACUUUAACAACACAUCGACCCGCUUCGAACAUGGCUCGACAGCUCCCAUCACAGCUCUUUCCAUCCUCCCGACCUCCUCGCCAGAAAAUCUGCAUGUUCUUCUUGGCUCUACCUCAUCCAUCGUCUCCCUCCAUCUCGACCUGUCCACCAGUAAAGUCACCCACACAUCCCCACCAUUACCCGUCUCCACAACUCAUGUCACCGCCCUGUACCCGCUGCCGAUAUCCAAAUCUGGUUGCUCGUUCCUCGUAGUCUCCCACGAUGACAGGACAGUCUCUCAGUACACAUUGCCCUCACCCUCUGCCCUCGCCAAACUCUCCUACCGAUACGCCGCACCAACUCCUUCUCCGGUACAUUCUUGCUCUCUUAACCCCUCGCAUUUAUCCGUACUGCAUUAUUCAGGCGAGAUAUCUCUCUUCCCACUUCCAACAGAACUCGAUCUCGCUCGUCCGAAAUCUGGCCAGUCAAGCACGAUCAAAGUCGUCUAUGGACAGGACAGCCGGCUUGCUACGCUCUGUGGCGCAGUAUUUGUCGAUGACGGUGCAUUAGCUUGUGGUCGAUCUCUUGGAGGCGGACGUGUCAAAUGGGUCAGAGCAGCGUACGAGUCACCCGAUGGAAGUAUACAGUCCGAAACAGUUGUCAAGAGUGAUGGUCAGGACCUCGUCUCUUCCGCCAAUCAGAGCGAUGUGCCAACUCAGCGGUUCGUGGCCCCGACACCCUUGGAAGUUCCGGCCGAGGACGAUGGAGAACCUGCCGCUGCGCUGCCUGCCGAUGUCGAUAUGGCCGACUUGACACUCGGUGAAAGAUUACUCGCCAUGCCGAAUGGUGACGCGAAUCCAGAAUCAGCCCCUCCGACCACCGGUCCGACAAACGCAGCCUCACUCACUCGACUUUUGGUGCAGGCCCUGCAUACAUCAGAUCCUGCCCUCCUGAACCUCGUCUUGACACAUCGAGACCCCAUCUUGAUCCGCAACACCAUUCGGAAAAUGCCUCCUACCCUUGCUCUGCCGCUCUUAAAAGCCUGCAUCGAGCGAUUAGGUCAAGGCAAGGGUGCCCACAGCCGUGGCGGUGGUCGAGGUGCCGCUCAGAAUGAACAGCAAGCGAGGGGUACCAUUCAAUGGGUCAAGGGCGUGCUGAUCGAGCGGGGAUCGCUAUUGAUGACUAUGCCAUCCCUGUCGAUCAGUCUUGCACAAUUGUCGAAUCUUUUGCAGGAGAGAAUGAAGCUGUAUCAGCCACUGCAGUCGCUCUCUGGCCGCCUGGACCUAGCCUUGUCGCAGAUUGAAAUACGUCGUCUUGCCGAAGCUCAAGCUUCCCAAGCUCAAGGCAAGGGUGAAGGCUAUCACUAUAUUGAGGGUCAGAGUGAUUCAGAUAGUGACGACGAAGUGAGAGUUGAAGUAGGCGAUGGAGACGGAGAAGUGGAAGACGUUGACAUGAGGGUGAAUGGGGUGGACAGUGAUGAUGACGAAGAAGAGGAAGAGGAGGAUGCGCUCGAGUCGGGCUCAGAUGAGGACGACGAUUUCGAUAUCGACGGCGAUGACGGAGACGAGGACAGUGAUGGGAGCGUCGAGUACGAUGACUAG